AUGGUCGUAGUAAAAAGACAUCACAUCAUAGUCGAAAAUAAAGACGUAGACGAAACAAAAACGAUAAAAGUAAAAGUACCGAGAGGCAUUGUUACAGGUGGAUCGAUUGUCACCGAAGUGAUGCAUACUGAAACAGAAUUACACAAUGUUAAAACAACAUACAUAUUCAAAACAGAAGAAAUACCACACAAGUAUUUUAAAAGAGAAAAUUUAAAUUUGAUUUUAUGUAAAGAGUUGACGCUAAAAGAAGCAAUUUGUGGUAUCAAAAUCAAUGUCAAAACGUUAGAUCACAAAGUAUUAAGAGUGAAUAUAACACAAGUCAUCACACCAGAUUAUACAAAAAUUAUCCACGGAGAAGGCAUGCCAGAUGCAAACGAUUUCAGCAAAUAUGGUGAUAUAAUAAUUAAGUUUCAGAUUAAUUAUCCAAUAUAUGGACCUACAAUGGAUAAAGAAGUCUGUGAAAUAUUAAAACCAUUAAAAAAAAGCAGUAACACUAUGAUUUUAGAAGAUAAAAAAAAUAUAUAA